CCGCGCGCCUGGCCCGGCCGCCCGUGUGUCCACGCAGACAGGCACCCAGUCGCCGCCGACGAUACGCCCGCAGACCCACGUGAAGGCAAGGACGCACGGGGAAUGUGUGAUGACAGAGGGAGAAACGGAAGUACUGCAGCUCAAAGCGGCGGAAGACCAAGGACUGCGGGCUGCCGCUAGAAGCCAGGGAAAGGCAAAGGAUUCUCCCCUAAGGGCUUCAAGGAGUGUGGCUCCGCCCACACCUCGAGGCAAAACCUUCCUGCACUGCUUUUGCUGGUGGGCCGCGGACCCCGCCUGACCUGCUGUUGGCCUGUCCCCUCCCAAAGCAGCCCAGCUGGACCCUGCUCCCCCGUGAGGACACCGCUCUGGCCUGCCGCUGCCACACCCGUCCCGAGAGUUCUCGAGACUCAAGGGAGUCUUGCUGGGCCAGCCAAGUCCAAAUGCAGUCUGUUAUAGAGCCUUGUCUGGCCCAGGGCCGGGGCCAAGGCCAGUGGAGAAGUGGACGGGGCUCAGGGACCAUGAUGGACCAGGAAGGGGAAGUGGACGAGGGCUCAGCCCCCUGCAUCAAGGCGGGCUCCCCAGACCAGGAGGGCUUCUUCAACCUGCUGAGCCACGUGCAGGGGGACCGGAUGGAGGAGCAGCGCUGCUCUCUGCAGGCAGGGCCAAGCCCGACCUCCGAGCAUGAGAGUGUCCCCGCACCAGAGAUGGACAAUCUCAUGGACAUGCUGGCCAAUACCCAGAGCCGCCGCAUGGAUGACCAGCGUGUGACAGCCAGCGCCCUGCCUGGCUUCCAGCCCAUAGGCCCCAAGGAUGGAGUGCAGAAACGAGCCGGGACCCUCAGCCCCCAGCCCCUCCUCACCCCUCAAGACCCAACUGCUCUCAACUUCCGUCGGAACAGCAGCCCCCAGCCCCAGACACAAGCCCCCUGAGGGCCUGAGCCGCUCUGGACCCCACUUGGCCCUUGAAAGCAGACAAUAAAACACUUCCACGAGCAA